UGAAGACUUUCUAUUGAGAGUCAUUACAGGGUGUAAGGAUCAUCAUAUUGUACAAUGCAUAUACACAGUAAAGGGUAGGGAAGGACCUUCCUUUUUUGAUUUUUUUUUUUUUUUUUAUAACUUAUUUCCUUACAGAUUUUAAGUGUUCAAUUUAUUUGAGGGUGUUUCCUUAUCCCCUUUGAAAUUGUUGUAUUUAGUAAAAUCAUUAUACAGAGAAUAUUGGUAUGACUGCUUAAUUUUGCUCUCUGAAGGUAAAUAAGUAUGUAAACUGGGUCAAUGUGGCCUUUAAAUCUACAUGUAUAUAGUCUAUACUAACUGACGCCGCGCAUUUAAACCUCAAAACUAACCUAUAGACGAAGGUCGAAAUAUCAGGGAAGCCAUAUUGGAUUUACGGAUGUGAAAUAUUGUAGUGUCGUAAAAUUGUUAAAAAUGGACAUGAUAAUUGUUUAAAUGAUCAUAAUAUUAUUGUAAAAGAUCUGCUUUCAAUGAUUAUAACGUAUGCAGUUCUGAUGAAGAAGGGGCUGUAUGUUCGUGAACUUUUGUGACCCGGAUACCAGAAAUGAUGCACCCUAGGCGCAGUACGAAGGCCGUCCUACUUUGUGACCUCUGUGAAACUGCCCACCUACAGAGUCACUGUGAACUUUGUAAUGUAAACUUAUGCAAGACCCGUGUUAGGGAACACCUUUUUGAUUCAUCUAAAAAACAAAAUGUUGUGUCCUAAAGUCCGAGUAACAUUACCGAGUUUCUCUCCUUCCAAAAUGAAUAAAGAUCAGCUCAAUAAAAUGGUUCUGUGUCAUCAUUGUCAAUUACAACAGAAUAAAGCUACACAAUGAUAUCAGCCGAAGCUGUAUCGUCUCCUACAGUCAAACCAAUGCUUGAUGAACCGCGACUUACCGCCACCAUAGACACUGGAUAUGCAUCACUACGUAGUGUUAGCUGUUUCAGUGAAGAACAAGUCUGGACAUGUGGUAGUGACAAAAUCAUGAAGCUCCUCAACCUUCAGGGUAAACUACUGACAUCAAUACAAACCGAGUCGGGGAACUGGCCACAGGACAUAGCAGUGACACGGGACGGACAUCUUGCUUAUACUGACAUUAAAAAUAAAACUGUAAACCUAGUGAAGAAUAAACAGAUACAGACCGUGGCCACCCUACAGGGGUGGACACCUUGGAAUGUCUGCAGUACCUCCUCUGAUGAUCUCCUGGUUACCAUGGUCAGUGAUGGUAGAAAACAAUUAAAAGUUGUGCGUUACUCUGACUCCACAGAGACACAAAGCAUUCAGUUUGAUGAUCAGGGUCGUCCUCUCUAUUCAACUGGUUACAUUAAAUACAUCUGUGAGAACAGGAACCUGGAUAUAUGUGUGGCGGACAGUGAAGCUAGAGCAGUAGUGGUGGUCAAUCAGUCAGGAAAACUGCGAUUUAGAUACACUGGUGAUCCCUCUAAUCCCAAGCAAUAUUUUUCUCCAUACGGCAUCACUACAGACAGCCAGAGUCACAUCCUGACAACAGACCUUGACUGUAUCCACAUCCUAGAUCAGGACGGACAGUUCCUCCGUUAUGUUAACAAUUUUCAGUUUCCAUGGGGUUUAUGUGUGGAUAUCAGAGACAACCUCUUUGUGGCUCAGCGUAACACUACUGAAGUGAAGAAAAUUCAGUAUCUAUAAACACACUCACUGUCUGUUAAUUACACAGCUCAACUCUCCAUUAAUUACAUCUACCACCACAGUAUUAAUUACAGUUAUCUGUGGAUUACAACUAUUAAACCGUGUUAAUUACAUCUACCAAUUUACUGGUAUUGACACAAUAGAUUUCUUACUACAUGUAUGUAGAGUUCAUUAUGUCUUUUAUUGGUUUUAUGGUAUACUAGUAUAGAUAAGCAUUAUUCUCUGUGUUAAUUGUGUCUUUUCUUGUUUUAUCAUGUUUUUUUUAAUAUAUAAUAGAUAAAUAUUAU